UAAAGCCGUCGCCCGUUUGACCGAGAGAGCUAUAGCUUAGCUUAGCUCGGCGAAAGGUAGCAGCAGCAGCAGCAGCUGAUCGGUCGGCCGGUCAGUCGUCGGAGCCACCACCCAGCCACCCAAAGAACGCCAAGAACGUCCGAGGGAGCAGGCUAUGUGGGAAGGCGGGAGCCAUGAGGCGGCGGCGGCGGCGCAGCUGUUGCCGUGGUUCGGCACAGCGGCGGCAUUUGUGCAGCCGGCCGCGGGGGGGUACGGGUGCGACGUCGGGGUCGGCGGCGGCGGGCAGGGAGGGGUGUUUGGGUUCGGGUUCGAGGCCGUUGCACCGGCCGCUCCGGCGGCGGCCACCAGGCAGCAGUGUGGUGGGGGUGCGGCGACGGCGGAGGGGCGAUCGAGCGGCGGUGGGAGCGGGAAGGCGGUGGUGUCGGGGCUGCUCGGCAGCCUCCAGGCCGAGCUGGGGCGCGUGUCGGCGCGGGAGAUGAUGGACGCCAAGGCGCUGGCGGCGUCGCGGAGCCACAGCGAGGCUGAGCGGCGGCGCCGGCAGAGCAUCAACGGCCACCUCGCGAAGCUCCGCAGCCUCCUCCCCAACACCACCAAGACGGACAAGGCGUCGCUGCUGGCGGAGGUGAUCGCGCACGUGAAGGAGCUGAAGCGGCAGACGUCGGCGAUCGCGGCGGCGGGAGAGGCGGAGGACGGCGACGAGGACGGGGUGGGCCGGCCGGCGGGGCAGCUGCUGCCGACGGAGGCGGACGAGCUGGCGGUGGACGCGGCGGUGGACGUGGAGGGGAGGCUCGUGGUGCGGGCGUCGCUGUGCUGCGAGGACCGCCCCGACCUCAUCCCGGACAUCGGCAGGGCGCUCGCCGCGCUCCGGCUGCGCGCGCGCAGGGCCGAGAUCACCACGAUCGGCGGCCGCGUCCGGAGCGUGCUCCUCAUCACCGCCGACGACCAGCUGGGCGACGACGGCGACGACGUCGACGAGGACGGGCGUCGCCGCCACGGCAUGGGAAACGAUGAGGACGACGACGACGAGUGCGCCGCCUCGCACCGGAGGCAUGAGUGCAUAGCCACUGUCCAGGAGGCGCUGCGCGGCGUCAUGGACCGCAGGUCGGCGAGCAGCGACACGUCCUCGUCCGGCGGGAGCAGCAUCAAGAGGCAGCGCAUGAACUACGCAGCGUAAGAGGAGCAGAGCUAGCUCAGUGUAGCUUCCUACUCACAGCUAAUUAACGUACGUGCCGGCAUUUUAGCUACCACUUUCCAUGCAUGCAUUGGCGCCAAUGAAAACUAGUAGCAAUCUUUUUAGUUGUUUCGUCAAGCUUUCGAUCGGUAAGUUUGGAGUAGUGGUCAUUUGGUAUAACAAGAGCUUCAUGGUGCAAAAAGGGAUAAGUUUUAUGUGUCCCUUGUACGUGUUGUCUUGCACAUGCAUGCAACGGAUUUGCAUGUGUUGGGAAUGACUGGGAUAUGUAAGGGCGCAAGGUAGUGGGUGUACAAAUCUACUGGUAUUUAUUGGGUAUAUCAAUGAAAGGUGGAAUUGGCCCGCAUGGUUUUUAAGCC